AUGCCUGAAAGAACUAGUACCAGUGUGUCAACAUAUCUUUGCGAAACUGGAACUAGGGAAAAUGGUGAUUAUGCUAGAAAUGAUUUGGACAUUAGUCAUUUGAUUAGCAUUCUAAAGCUUUACGAUGGUGAAGGAUGUUUAGAAUUUGGAAGGACUUACCAUGGUUUGAUUGCAAAGACUGGACUUGAUGGGGAUGAGUUUGUAAAUACCAAACUUAUUGAUAUGUAUGCUAAAUGUGGAGACAUAAAUAGUGCAGUUAUGGUAUUUAAUCAGAUGCCUCGUCUAGAUGUUGCUUUAUGUAAUUGUUUGAUUUCUGGUUAUGCUAAUUGUAGAUUAUUUCAAGAAGCUUUUAGAUUGUUCAUGAAUUAUGAAAGUUGGGGUAACAAGCUUAAUUCUUAUACAUACUCAUUUAUGCUAGCAAUUUGUGGAAUCCUUUCGGCUAUCGAAGAAGGAAAACAACUUCAUGCUCAAGUUGUGAAGAUGUAUUUAUCAGAAAAAAUUGUGAGUAAUGCACUUUUGACAAUGUAUUGCAAGUGUGAGGUGCUAGCGGAUGCUAAAUCACUGUUUGAAUGGCUUCCACUAAGGAAUAUUGUUUACUCACAGAAUAUUCUUCUUCUUCUUCUUCUUUUUCUCUGUUAUUAA